AUGUCGAACCGGGGCCGCACUUGGGACUACCAGGUUCAUUCUACCAAAGACUUACAGCUACUCGGUUCUGCAAAGCUUCCAAAAUCCCACAGAGAUUAUUACAAUGAAGGAGCCAUGGAUCUCAUUAUCCUCCGAGAAAAUGAAUCCGCCUACGAUCGCUACAGAAUCCGCCCGCAGGUUCUCCGUGGUCUGACCAAUCUCGACCUAUCAACCACCAUAUUCGGGAGUAGGGUCAAAUUCACAUUCGGGUUCUCGCCUACCGCGAUGCAGGGUCUGGCGCAUCCUGACGGGGGGGUUGCGACAUCCAAGGCGACGGCUUCCGUCAACGUCCCCAUGGGCCUGUCCAAUUAUGCGAGCAAGCCGUUGGAGGAAGUCGCCUCUCACGGCACUGGUAACCCAUACAUGAUGCAAAUGAGUCUGCUUAAGGAUAAGAAGGUCAUGAUAAAUGUGUUAAAGAGAGCUGAAGCUGCCGGCUUCAAGGCUAUUUUGGUGACUCUCGACUGCCCAUAUCUCGGUCGGAGGCUGAAUGAGUUUCGUGACAACUUCAGCGUUCCAAAGGGCAUGGAAUGGCCGAAUCUAUUUCCUGGCGUGGAUGUUACCAACCUGGAAGACGGCAAUGACGACCUCGCAUACGAUAUUUCUUUAGAGUGGAAAGAUAUCAUGCCGUUUUUCCGGGAGCAUACAAAGUCGGAUAUCUGGGGAAAGGGGAUUUAUGGAAAGAAGGACGCAGAGAAGGCUAUCAAUGCUGGAUUUGACGGCAUCAUUAUCUCCAACCACGGCGGCCGGCAGCUGGACAGUGUCCCCGCCUCUCUCGACGUUCUUCGUGAAGUCGCCCCAAUAACCAAGGGGCGCAUCCCGGUUGUUAUUGACGGCGGAAUUCCCUUGGUCCUAGGGGCUGACUUUUGCCUGGCUGGGCGACUGGCUAUCUGGGGGUUAGCUUAUGACGGACAACGGGGUGUCGAGCUGGCAUUGAACUUAAUGUACGAUGAGUUCGUGACUGCCAUGGCGCUUGCCGGGUGUCGCAAUGUUUCGGAAAUUAAUAGCGAAUUCCUUUCUAUGCUGACUCCUGAUGGCAUUCUGUCCAAGCUUUAA